CAAACACACCCUUAAAAAAAGUGUAUAUAUUUUACACAUUUUCUGCUUAAUUUAGAAUCGUACUUCCCCAGUAAUACCCUUUGCUCUAACAAAAACGAACCUCCAUUAAUGGAACCUCAACACCACCACCACGACGGCGGCGCCACCGCCGGAACCUGCGUCAACUGCGGCGGCCCCACCUCCUUCCCCACUCCACCACCCGAUCCAAACCCUAAUUACAUCCCAAUUCGCGCUCCCGCCGUCAAUCUCCCACCCACCAACAACCGCGAAGUCAUCCUCCGUACUCCCGUCCCUCAAUCCCAACAACUCCUCCUUUUAACUCCCCCUUACAACUUCCAAACUCCAGUCAAAAAAAUCCACAAGCAAAACGACGUCGAUCAGUUCCAGUCAUCACCCACUUGCCAGAACUUCCUAGGGUUCAUCGUCUCUUUAUCCGAGUCCAUUCGGUCGAAGAAGCUCUCGGAUUCAUGCCACGUGUCGCCUUCAGUGUCAUCGAUUGUGGAGAUUUUACAGACGCUGAGUGGGUUUGUUGAUGAGAUACCUUUAGCUCCGCAGACUUCGAGGUAUGGGAAUUUGGCGUAUAGGACUUGGCAUGAAAGGAUGUGUUGUGAAGCGGAGUCGUUUAUGGUGAGGUUAUUGACGAAGGAGAUUGAGGCGGCGGCGGUUGAGCUUGUUCCUUAUUUUACUGAUAGCUUUGGGAAUUCUAGCAGGAUUGAUUAUGGUACUGGACAUGAGACAAAUUUUGCAGCAUGGUUGUAUUGUUUAGCAAGAUUAGGAGUUGUGAAAGAAGAGGACUAUCAAGCUCUGGUAUCGAGGGUUUUUGUAACUUACUUGGAUUUGAUGAGGAAGUUGCAACUAACCUAUUGCCUUGAGCCUGCUGGGUCCCAUGGGGUUUGGGGACUAGACGACCACCACUUCUUACCUUUUAUAUUUGGGUCAUCUCAGUUGAUUGAUCACAAGUACAUGAAACCAAAAUCUAUACAUAACGAAGAUAUCUUGGAGAACUUUGCGAAUGAAUACCUCUAUCUCUCAUGUAUUGUAUUCAUAAAGAAGGUGAAGAAGGGAGUGUUUGCAGAGCACUCUCCCAUGUUAGAUGACAUUAGUGGUGUACCCAAUUGGAAUAAGGUAAACAGUGGCUUACUUAAGAUGUACAAGAUUGAAGUUCUGCAGAAGGUUCCUAUUAUGCAGCAUUUCCUUUUUGGCUCUAUUAUCCAAUGGCAAAUUUUGGGCUUAUUAUGAUUCUCCAGCAUCUAUCCAAAUCUGAAGUUAAAUUCUCUUUGCUCUUUCAUUCAGGCAAUAAUUUGCUGGUAGGUCCAGAUAUAGCUUCCUGCUAUCGAGCGACAGUUUUUGUUUGGAUGACGGUGAUGUCUGGGUUAGCUUGCUGGUACCUUGACUAGUCAGAAUAACUUCUUGGGAUGUACCUUUUGUGGGAUAAUAUUGUGUACCCAGCUUUUAUGAAAAAUGAUUGGGUUGUAAAAUUAUUCAUACACAAAUUUCUAAUACACUAUACACUUCACACCAUAAAAUUAUUAAUACAACAUUUUCUAAAAUUUAGCUCA